AUGGAGCCUGAGGAUUCCCCGAGAGAUGAUGCAGGGAUGAAACCGGGUUCCCCGAAGGACUUCACGCUUCACAUCGCCGCCGACCCUCGUCCCGUGCACGUCUCCGUCUCUCCCUCCCCCUUCGACGUUACGAGUUCCAGCUUCUCCCACCUUUUCGCUCCUGUUGCGUGCCGCCUCGCUCGGUUCUGUGAUCGUCGCAGUGCAUACACCCUCUACCGCUUUUGGUUCAUUCCACCGCUGCGUUUUCUUGCCGGAAUGUGGAGGUCAGGAAAGGCAGAAGAGUUGGAGAAGGAGACGUAGCGGGUCUGCGGUCUCCCUCAGUGACAC